AUGGCUUUAGUCUUUAGAAUAGCAAUGCAGUUUGUUGGACUUUUAUUGUCUUUGCUGGGAUGGGUUUUAUCCAUUAUUACAACUUAUUUGCCCCAUUGGAAGAACCUCAACCUGGACUUAAAUGAAAUGGAAAACUGGACCAUGGGACUCUGGCAAACCUGUGUCACCCAAGAGGAAGUUGGGGUGCAAUGCAAGGACUUCGAUUCUUUCCUGGCUUUGCCUGUGGAACUCAGGGUCUCCAGGAUUUUAAUGUUUCUGUCAAAUGGACUGGGAUUUCCGGGCCUGCUGGUCUCUGGGUUUGGCCUGGACUGUCUGAGAAUUGGAGAGAGACAGCAAGAUCUCAAGAAGCGACUGUUAAUUCUGGGAGGAAUUCUGUUCUGGAUAUCAGGAAUCACAACCCUCAUUCCGGUCUCCUGGGUCGCUCACAUGACAGUUCAGGAAUUCUGGGAUGAGACCAUCCCCGAGAUUGUCCCCAGGUGGGAGUUUGGGGAAGCUCUCUUUAUUGGCUGGUUUGCUGGAUUUUCUCUUCUACUAGGAGGGUGUCUGCUUAACUGUGCAGCCUGCUCAACCCAAGCUCCUCUAGCUUCAGGCCACUACGCAGGAACAAUGGUAUCUGCAGUGGCAGAAAUGCAAACCCAGUGUCCAUACCUGGAAAAUGGAACUGCAGAUCCUAAAGUAUAA